CCUUGAGAUAUACAUAUUUCUCAACACAUAACACCAGGAAACAGUCAUUUUUAUAAAUAAGACUUUGGCUCUUAUGAGAUAGUGUCAGUAGUAGAAGAAUUGAAUCUAUUUUUCUGUUUUUAACAACUCGUUGGGACUUUGAACAAAAAGGUAAAGUAAAAUGACGCCGAAACUCGGAGACAAAAAGCGAGUCCGCUCGAUUAAUUUCACAGAUGCGGAAGAAGAAUUGCUGCUGAGAUUAGCAUUGAAUAGAAAAGACGUAAUUGAAUGCAAGGUCAGCGACGUUAAAAGGAACGACGAUAAAGUUCGCAUGUGGGAGGAAAUCACUAGAGAGUUCAAUACGAGCUGCCUCAAUACGGUGAGAACGCUGACAGUACUCAAAAAGAAAUAUGAAAAUAUAAAAAAGAACAUCCGUCAGGCGGUUUCAAAGGAGACAUUAUCGCGUAGAGCCACUGGUGGCGGUCGAGGCCCUGAAGAAUGGCGGCCAAAAUCAGAAGCGAUGGCUGAGCUACGAGAAGUAAUCGCGUUGUCUGUCGAUGGACUUCAAUCUCUUUGCGACGAUGAUGAUGAUGAAGAAACCGUUGCUGCUGCGCCAAAAGAAUCCACAACAUUGAUUGAGCCCGAGAUAGAUUCUCAGAUAGAGCCUCAUGCUGAAGUGGAAGCAGCAACGAGCGAUGGUUAUGAGGUUGAAUAUCUAGAUGACGAUUCUAGAUCUGCUAUCAACAAUGAGGUUGCAUGUGAUAAAGUGAUCGAAAGUGAUCACAUUGAAGGAUCAACCGGUGAUGAUCGAGAUCAACUAGCGAGUCCCAGCAAAAGUACGAGUUCUGUCCCAAAAUCUGGUGAUACAUGGGACAAAUACAGCCCCGCUAUGCUCAAACGGCCGAAAAGUAAUCUCCUUCAGGCAAAAUCGAAGCGCCAGAAGACCAUUGAGCAGGACCUUAAAAAGAAAAUUUUAGAACGCAAUGAAGAGAUGAUGGAGGAGGUUCAUCGUCUCGAUGUCCAAAAACGAAGAACUGAAUUGGAAUCGGCUCACAUCAAUCUUCAAACCGACAAAAUAAAGCUACAAAUGGAGCAGCUUCGUUAUCAGCAUAUGAGGGAGGAGCAUGCGCUUCGGAUUAAAUUGUUGAACAAUUCCAUCGGAAAUAAUACGGAAACAACCACGAACAGUUCUGGUUCAAUAAGUGACUGAAUCAGGUAUAUACCUACUAAUAAUAAACGAUGACAACAAUUAAAGUUUGAUGUAUAUGAAUAUAAACACAAGUCUUUUAUUUACGUAAGAUCCUUUUACAGUUGAGCAAAAUAGUUUUGAACCAAGUGAUCGCGAACACAACCUGCAUCAUUUAUCUCUGUGUUUGAAGCGUUCGGAACCACUGUUGCAGCUAAUAUUUCUUCAAAUCC